AUGUCUCGACAUCAACAUACCAGUGAGCAGGCGGAGGAAAAGGUAGGCCCGAACCCGAAUACUCGUCAACAACUUAUUCCGAGGAGUUGAACACUUUGGUUUACAGGGUUCUCGAAUAUUUUUCGAGAAUUUCGUGGUCAAGGAUUACUGUAGUUUUUAUUUAAAAAAUAUUUAGGGAAAAAUUACAGUAAUCCAAAAUACUUUAGGACCAAAAAAAGUCUGUGGCAUUUGUUGUCGACUUCAAUUCGAGCCCCACGACAUCAUCCCCUCCGGAAAAGAUGAGCGAAACUCCAACCCAGAAGAAGAAACAAGUCCCUCCAUUGCCCAAGAAAGGCGGCAAGGCCCUGAAACCUGUACAAAACGAUGAAUUAGAUAGAGUCGCAUUGACUGGAAUCGAAGAUGUAAGUAGUUCCUGUGACAAUAGAUACUGUAAAUUAUAGCUGGACUCGGACCUGUUCGACAACAUCAGUUAUCUCGAUUUGAUGACUAAGAAACAUGACCGGGACGAGAGAAAACGUCGAGAACAUAUGGACAAUCUCCGAAAACUUCGUGAAAAGUGGGUUUGAAUGUAAUUUGGAAUAACAGAAAUUGUAUGGAGAGUCGGGUUUAACCUUUCUCAAAAGAUUUUAUAAAUAUGGACCGGAAAAAACAGAACGAGUUGAGGCAGAAAAAAGAGAUUACUAUCUACUUUCAACACUCGUUUACUUCACAGAACAUUUAUUUUCUGACCAAUGAGGGAAAAAGGAGUAAACGUAAUGGAAAGCAGUCAGUUUUGGGGGAAGAUGAGACCGUUCUGGAGGAUGUUUCAAACAUUUUAUGAGUGUAGAGAGCUAUAAUGCGUUUUUAAAAAAAUUUUCGUGUAGAUGACCACACACCACUGUCAAAAACUCCCGCAAAUUUUUGUCAAUUUGAUCUGCAAAAUUCUUUGAGGUCAAAAUUUAUCCGACAGCUCUUGUAACAGUCCUUUUUUCAUAUGCAUUUCCGACCUUUUACUCUCCUUUUCUCAAUCAUUUCUUAUGUCCAUCGCCAUUUCCUAACUAUUUAUGGCCUUUUGUGAUGACAAUCCCUUUUCUCCCUAUUCCUUUCACUCUUUCCUACUACUCCUUGUUGAUGUUUAUUUAUUGUAAUUACUCUCAAUUCAUACUUAUUACUUUCUAUACAACUUUACACAUUCCAUGGCCGUUUAUAUAGAUUUGUUGUACACUUGUUGUGUGUGUGUUGGAUCUCAAGCUGAGAAGUCCUCUUUUUGACUCAAAGACGAACAAAAAAGGAGACAAGUCUGCAUCGGAGGUGAUGGCGGAGGAUGGGGAUUCCAGUUGGGAGGAUGGUCAUGAAUGCAAACCAGCUGUUUUCUUGCAAUUUACUGUAAGAAGAAGGGAUUUGCCAUGUAUUUGUGCGGAUUGUAUGAGAGAUAAGUAUUUGUAUGAAGACAGAAUAGAGGAAUCGGGAGAAAAGAUGGUCACGGUGAGGAGGAAUGACGAUGGAGAUGCCUGUUGGGAAUGUAAGUCACCAAAUGUUGUCUUAUGCUUUUAUUUGUGCACUUAUAUCUACUUCAACACUAUGCCUUUUAUACAUAUAAUAAUUUGUCUGCUACAAUCGUAUAAUAACUUCUCUGCUACAGUAUCUUUUUUAUAUUUUUUUUGCUCCGUGAUCUUUAAUUAAUCCUCUUUGUUCCUCUAACUCCAUCCUAUAGAUCCCUCUUCGACUAAUCGAAAUCGACCCUCCUCUCCCUCCCCUCCUAUCCAACGUCGGUCCACAUCUACAUCGUCUAAAAUUAAUCCGGACGAUCGGCCAAUCCGCCCCGCAACCAAUCAAACGAUGCCAUGGGAUCGGCCACGAAGUUCUCGGAGAUAUUUUGACAUUUAUGAUGAGGAAGAUAGCGAUGAGGAUCUCCGAGAUUACAGAUAUCGACGACGACCAGCCUCAAACAGGGUAACCAACUCUUCCCCUUCGUUUUUGCGAAGACAAACACCACUAACAUCAUCAAUUAGAAGACGGAAAAGUUCAUCGGAAGGGCGGAGACCAAGGACUGUCAGGUAUUUGGACGAUUAUGCACUGUACAUCCCACCAGCAGACGACACGGAGACCGACGAACCUUAUAUAACUGUCCGGACCCCGAAGAGAUAGUGAGUUGAAUCGAAUUUGGAGCGAAGGUGUAUCGCAUGUAUUAGUCCUCGUCUAUGUCAAGUCUUAACUUUACAUCCCAAGAAGCAGUUUUUUUUGUUUACCGACUGAGUUCGUAAUGCAAAUCUUUCCAUCACUUAUUCUUCGGAACGCCCGAUUACACACAAUUGGGCCUCAACGGAAAGUAGGUGGCCAUAAUAUGGACCAAGAAAAUAAAUACUGCAAAGUGAAGGGACCGACGGAAAUGGAUGUCUGGAAUGGUUUUUGGAGUAGUCGUUUUUAUAUUCCACAUUAAGGGGCAGAGGUCGGCUAAGAUUAUGGGCCGCGGGUUUCUCGCGGGGUAUCUGGCUGAUUUGUAAUCGUACAAUAGAUGCAGUUGGGUGUGUCACAAAAAUACAUCAGCUGGUUAGGACUUUAAUUGUACUAAUAGGGCACGCACUCAAAUUGCGACGCAUUUUUAAAUAUUUCUAAGAAGUUUAUGCGGCAUUUUUAGCUCGCGUUUUGCAGAAACUACACGAACCGCUUCCGCGUUUCACGUACUCUGUCGGCGGCAAAUAUCGGUGAAUAUCUUGGCUGUGACUGCAAAUCGCAAACUAAGACUUUUAGGAUUUAUUUAAUAUGUGGCCCUGUAUGCAAAGUUUAAUGAAAAUCUUAGCGUCGCACUUGGAAGCCCUCACUUGCAAAUUAAAAAUUGGGGAGACUGUUUGGAAUAAUUUAAUUAAUAUUGUAAUAUUAACUUUAUUUUAGCGCUGAAAAGAUCUCAGCUCGAGGUCAGCCACCAGCCAACGAGCUCUCCAACUUUGCCAACUCCACGGAUCAAGUCACAUCGGACGCGACACAGAUUUCGGACGAAAGUACCGACUUUGCUUCUGAUCCUGACGGUGCUGAUAAUAAGAUACAGCCAGCCACUCCAACGUCAAUGAAUGUCGAUCCAGCUAUCCGGCACAUCUGGAAUGAGGCCAUCGACUUGAGUGAAGUCCGGAAUGUGGAUGACCAGGCCGAGUUCAGAUCAUUGCUAGCUCAACUGGGAAUUGAUGUAAGUUUCAACUUUCAAAAUAAUCGAAUAAUGUAGCAAACCUUAAAGUAAUGAUUCUUUAUUAGCAAAUCUCGGCGGCCACUUUGUCCAGAUACAACGUUCGUGGCCACAUGGAUCACUACGAUCAUCCUGCUCUCUGUUAUCCAAGAUAUCGAGGGCCGGCUACCCGGAACAAAGUCCCCUCAGGUCUCAAGAUUAUCCGGUAUCUUGGAGAUAAAUUGGAAAAAGAGAAUCUACCAGAAGAUGAAUUAAAGUAAUAGAACAAUAACAAUUUCCCAACCUAAUUUUGUGAUUUAUAGACCAGGAAAGUUCUCCGGAAUCUUUGGCUACCAUAUGAUUACUCCAGCCGACAAUCGAGUCGUCCUCACCACCAAUGAACGCGAUGCUUUGGCUGUUUAUGACUCCACCAAUGGCAUACCAGCAUUGUCGUUACCCUUGGGGGAAAGAUUGGAUCAAAAUGUGAUGUCAUAUCUCGAGGAUUUCGAUCUGAUUUAUCUUUGGUUUCCCUUAAUUCACGAGAAGCAUGCUAAAGAUUACGCGUCGUAUUUAAAUUCAGCCAGAUGUUAUAUAAUUACGAAACCGGAAAGACCAGUGGAAUUGUUGAGAGAUGACCGAUCUGGAGAGAUUUUGAAAGGGAUUCUGGAGGCCGUAAGAGUCAGAUUCCGGGGGUUUCGAUCACUGAUUGACAUCAGAGAAGAGGUCAAGAAUGAGCUGGUUCAAAGCAACUCAAGAACGGUUGGAUUCGCACAAGUAAGGCGCUAAAAUAACCAAAAAUCAUAGUCAAUAAUAAAAAUUUGAAACUAUUCUAAAUUAUGAUUCUAAAUUUUAGUGGAAGCGUCUGGAAGCUCUGAAUCGAUAUCUGAAGGGCUUCCGGCCGGGAGAAUUGACAGUCUUGACUGGAGGAACGGGCUAUGGAAAGACAACUUUCCUGUGCGAAUAUUCAAUGGAUUUGUUUAGCCAGGGUGUAAGUAUCUUGAAAUAAGUACUUGUAAUCGUUUCCAUGAUGACGUUUUAGGUCCGAACCAUGUUCUGUAGCUUCGAAAUGCCGGAUGAAAAGAUUCUUAAAUGGAUGCUGGUCCAAUUUGCCGCGUAAGUCUCGAAACGAGCAUCUUACGUCAAUCCCGCCUCAGCUAUUUCCUGACCCAGGUUUAAUCGAUGUGGCGUUUCGUCACGAUUUUUUUCCAUUGACUGUUUUAUCUUGGCUAGCCUGGGCAAAACCUUGUUCUUUGUUAGAACCGAAUGUAUUAAUUUUUUCUUGAUUUUUUGAUACCAAUUUUGCCCACCAAAAAUUCCUACAAAAGAACUUUGAUAUCAAAAAUCUUUUCCUCAAUCAAUUGUGUGUGGACGAAACGUCAAAACGGGGCAGGAAAUGCGCUGGAUUGACGUGCAUCCUCUUAUAUGUAUAAAACAUCGCUUAACUGUUAUUUUAUAUUUACAAAUAUCGCCCAAAAAAUAUAAAAAUCUGUUCCCAGGCCCGCCCAUAUUCGGUCUCUGGCACGGUCGCGGACAUACCACAACGGUCUCAAGUACGGUAGUUUCUGUAUGUGGCGUUUGAUUUGAGAGUGUUUGCAGUUGCUGUCUUGUUGGGUGAGGCAUUCCUGGGGCUUGUUCUUUCUUGGUCCAGGAAUGUGAAAAGCUUUAAAUUGAAUGGGCGGUCGAUUCUCUUCUGUUGAAAAAAAAGACAAAACUGCAAGCAAUCUUUCAAUCGAACGCAACAGCAGAGAAACGAUCGCACUGUGUCUAAUAUGCCUUGUUGUGAUAACAAUAGUCAUCAAAAUUGCAGUAACUGCAUGUAUUAACAACCUCGUCGUGACACACGGUCUUCAAUUUUGUAAUGACCACUAUUCCCACAUAAUCAAAAUACUUUGCAAUUUAAUUCCAGACUCCCCCUACAUCGGGUUGAUCAUCAUCAAACCGUUGAGGCCUGGCUGGAUAAAUUCGAACGUUCUCAUGGAGAGAUGAUCAUCAUGAAGACAAAUGAAUUCCGAAACAAAACUGUCUCUCAGAUGGCUGAUGUAAGUAAAUCGAUCCCUCCAUGAUGACGUCAUCUUUCCAGGAGAUCCAAGCUCAAGUGGUUGCAGCUGGAAUUCAGCACGUUGUGAUUGACAAUCUUCAGUUUUUGGUGGGGAUGGCCACUCUUUCCAACGAAGCUUCAACCGCUCAAGACAAGUAUAAUACUCAGGUAAAGAGUGCAAUCUAUUCGUAAGACUUUGCAGGAUCGUUUCAUCGGACGUCUUCGUCGAAUGGCCAAUGAUUUGGGAAUUCACAUCACAGUCGUUGUGCAUAGCCGCAAAAUCUCUGAUGUAAGUUUCUGUUGGUCAACAGAAUGCAUAAUGUAAUCCAAUUCUAGGCCGAAGAUCUUGAACUACAACACAUUGGGGGAUCAGCCCGGAUCACCCAGGAGGCAGAUAAUGUGCUGGCAAUCCAAAGACGUCGAGAUCCCUCUGAUCGCAGCAGGGAACGGAAAUUCUUAUAUGUAAGCAGAAACUCAGGUAGUAUUUAAAACCCCUUCAGAUCCUAAAGAACCGCUACGGAGGUCGCCGAGUUGAGAGCGAUCGCCUGGAGAUGAUCUUCCAGCAGGCCACCUAUACCUACACUUUGGUCGAUCACUCCCAACCCAAGUAA